CGCUCUACUUUGUUUGGUCAUCUCAUUAGAAACUAAAAAUAAAAAAAGGGGUCUCUUUGCCUUUCGAGCCUUCACAAAUUUUUCGAAUUCGCUUUGCCGCCACUACAGUUUUUUCUCUUAGCGGCCUCCGGAAUUUUCAUCUGCUGCUCUCACUUCACUUCUUCCUCUUCGAUUUUCCUUUCAUAAUCGGUUGUAGAGGAUGGAUAGUGACGAUGAUCUCCAGUUACUCUCUUCUCCCGGGCUCGAUUCCCCUCUUGUUUCUGGGAGGAAGCUGAAGCGGUUGAAGAAAGCAAGUGGUUUCUCCCAGGAUUUACGGAACAUCGAUGAAAGAUUUUCGAGUGGAUUGUUAGGGGAAUUUUCGAGGAUCGAUGAUCGGCUUGAUGAUGGCCUUAAGAUUCGUGAAUUGAGUGCGGUGGAACCUGAAGCGGAAGAUUCCGAUAAAUUGAACGGCCAAGAUCUGGAUGAGUUCGACGAGGUUCAACAAUCGGGAUCUGGAUCGAGGGAUUUGGAUGAUGGUGGGAAUUUGGGAGUUAGUCUUGGCCUGGAUGGUGAGGAAAAUGAUUCUCGAGUGGAGAAGGGCUUGGAAUUUGAUGCUGUGGCUGGAACUGAUGAAAAAGCUGAAGAUCAAAGUCUGGGGAUGGGAGCGGAAAGUGGCGAUGCGUUGGUAGAUGAGCUGGAGAAGAAACGGCCAAGUUUGGUCGCAUUUGAGGAUGAGAGAGAAGCGAAGAGGAGGAAAUCGAAGAACAAAAGACUCAAGAGCAGUGGAGAGCCUGGAGAUUUCAACGAGACUGCGCUCUCCAAAAGAACUCUUGAGAAGGAGAGAAGAGAAUACGUUCAGCAACUCCGCGCUGAGUCUCAGAGACUUUUGCGAGAUACUAGAGGAGCAGCAUUCAAGCCCAUGCCACUUGUUCAGAAGCCGAUAUCUUCAGUUUUGGAGAAGAUCCGACGAAGGAAGCUUGAGCUCUCUAGGAAAUCUAUCAAUAUUGGGAAUACCAUUUUGGACUGCGACGACGAAGAUGAUGACAAUUAUCAGUUCACGGAGGUUGUAAUCAAGCAUAGGUUGUCUGUAGAAGGGAGGGCAGAUUCUGUAGAAAAAGAAUGUGAGAAUAUGGAUCAGCAUCCCGCUGAUGAGGAUAAUCAAAGAGAUUCAAUGUGUAUAGACGAACGAAGUAAUGGGAUAAACAUGCCUCCAGAGAAGGAAAGGGCUACCGAUGAGGUCACAGAAACAUUUCGGGCUCCUGUUAAUGACACUCAGGAACUCUUUUCUGAUUCCCAAACAAACAAUGGAGAUAAUGUAUCAAACGAGAUGUCCAAAAAUCUCCUGCAAGAAAAUUUUAUGCCAUCUGUAUUGGCAACGAAUUUAAUUCUUGAAUCUGCUCCUCUUGAUGAUGUGAUGAACGAGACAUCCAGCAGUCAUCUGCAAGAAAAUUUCACACCAUCCGUAUUGGCAAUGAAUUUAAGGCUCGAUUCUGCAGCCCUUGAUGAAGACUCUGAUGAAGAGGAUAAUGACAAGGAGAAUGUUAAUCCACAUCCACAUGGUUUGUCAGACUUGCCUUCAUCAGCAAGCGGGGAUCCUGUUAAAGCUUUUGUUGAUGAUGAAGCUGAGGAAGAAGAUGACAGUGACCAUGAUAUGCGUUUCCAAGAUGAUGAGGAAGAUGAGGACACUGAUUUAGAAGAGCUUCAAGAUAUGAUAGCAACUGCAUAUGAAGAAAAUCCAUUAGACAAUGAAAAACGUAAUGAACUCCAUCAGAAGUGGCUUGAACAGCAAGAUGCUGCUGGAACAGAAGAUCUUCUGCAGAAGUUGAAAUAUGGCUCAAAACCUACUAAACAAUCUUUGCUGGAAGAUGAAAAUAACGAGGGAGAAAAUGAUGAUUUUGAAUGUUGUGAAGAUGCUGCAGAAGAUUCUCUUCCACUGGAUGUGGCUCGAAUGAACAUUAGAAAAGUAAAGGAAAUGCUUCCUCAAAUGUAUACAGAUAAAGAUGAUCACUACAUUUCUGAUGAUGACGAAACAGACAGAAAGCUAGCAAGAGAACGUGUAUUUGAUAAAGCUGAUGGAAAAUCCACAUUUCUGUCGCCUGCUGAGGAUGAGAGCACUAGAGAAGUUUUUGGCCUUAUCAAGAAGCUGAAUGUUGUACCUGAUGUAAAGAAGAGACGCAAAGCACAAUUGUUUUCGGACUCUCCACUAACCGGUGUAGGCAAGAACACAUCUUCAAAGUCAUCUUUCUUAGGCCGAAGUUCAAAUUUAUCUCUUUCUUCAUCUCAUAAGCAUGGAUCAUCAGCCAACAAUCGUUCUUUCAUUUUUGGUCGAGACGAUAGCAACAGCAGGAGUGCAAUUCCAACAAUGGAGGAAACUUCUGAUCAGGGCCAGAGUGAAAAUAAUAAAGCUACAAGGAUUUCUUCAGCUAAGUUUAGUUACUCUCAAGUGAGACCAAGUGCACAGAACACCGUUCCUGAAAUUAAAUCAGGGAGUUCAUUGUUUGAUAUAUUAAGGCAAUCUUCUUUGCAACUUCAACGCAAACCAUGCACUUUUGGGGAGGAGUCUAGCCAAAUGAGUUCUGCAUUUGCUUCAUUCAAAUUGGAGAAGACACACAUGAAGAAGCCAAUAAAGACUGAAGGGAGAUUCUAAUGUGAGAGCUCCACACAUUUGCCUUUGGAUCUAAAGUUCAAUCCCAUGUUUUUGUUUCUAUUAGUUCUGUUUGAAGUCCAUUCUGCUCAAUGUUUCGUUGGGUGGAGACUUUGGCCUUUUAUUUCGAGUUAAUUGAUCACAUGUCUACAAGUAGUAAUUAAGCCUUUUGUAAGGCCACACAGGAAACUAAUAAAGGGACAUGUAGCUCACAA